AUGACUCAACUGCUGAGCAGCAUACUUUGCGUGAUCAAGGUGUUCCAGAAAUACGCCAAUGAGAACGGGGACUGUGUCUCACUGUGCAAGAAGGAGCUGAAGCAGCUACUCUUGGUCGAGUUUGGAGACAUCCUCCGGAGACCAAAUGAUCCAGAAACUGUGGACACCAUCCUAAGCCUCUUGGAUCAAGACAGAGAUGGACGUGUUGAUUUUCAUGAAUAUCUCUUACUAGUGUUCAAAUUGGCCCAAGCCUGCUAUCAUAGGUUGGAUCUCAAGUCACGUGGUGACAGAACAUCCCAGCAAGAAGGACAAGAGGAAUCACAAGACCAUAAAUUCCCAAGAAACAGAGAUAGACAAAACAGGCAUAAGCAUGAAGAAGAGAGGCAAAAUUCCCAUGGUGGUCAGUCUGAAAGUCAGGACCAUGACUCCUACUGGCAUCAGCCUAGGAGACAAGACAAGGACUCCCACUGUGGUCAGUCUGAAAAACAAGAUAGGGACUCCUCCUAUCAUGGCAGGGAUUUCCAUCAUGGUCAGCCUGAGAGACAAGACAGGGACUCUCACGAUGAUCAGUCUGAGAGACCAGAUACAGAGUCCAGUUUACAACAAUCUGAGAGACGUCAGGACUCUAGUAACAGUCGAAAAUUGAGUCAUAAGUCUAGUGUAGGCCUGUCUGAAAGACAAGGCUAUCUCUUUGCCUUAAAUCAGUGUGAGAAACCAGUUCAGGAUUCUUAUCACAAUCAGUCUGAGCGAUUUGGCCAACAAUCAAGCUACGGCCAGUCUAGAAGACUUGGACAGGAUUCUUGCUCUAGCCAGACAGGCAGACAGGAUUCAGGCUCUUAUUAUGGACAGUCCAGAAGGCUGGGUCAGGAAUCAGGCUAUGGUCAGAGAGGUAGACAAGAACUGGAUUCUCACUAUGGUCAGACAGAUAGACAAGGCCAGAGUUCCUGCUAUGGACAAGGCCUUAGUCAUCCCUAUGGUGAGACAGAUAGACAAGACCAAAACUCUCAGUAUGGCCAGACAGACAGACAAGGGCAAAGUUAUCGCAAUGGUCAGACAGACAGACAAGGCCAGAGUUCUCACUAUGGACAGACAGACAGACAUGGUCAGAGUGCCUGCUAUGGACAGACAGACAGACAAGGCCAGAGUCUUCACUAUGGACAGACAGACAGACAAGGCCAGAGUCUUCACUAUGGACAGACAGACAGACAAGGCCAGAGUCUUCACUAUGGACAGACAGACAGACAAGGCCAGAGUCUUCACUAUGGACAGAGAGACAGACAAGGCCAGAGUUCCUGCUAUGGACAGGCAGACAGACAAGACCAGAGUUAUCAUUAUGGUCAGACAGAUAGACAAGGUCUGAGUUCUCGGUAUGGUCAGACAGGCAGACAAGGCCAGAGUUCUUACUAUGGUCAGACAGAUCAUCAAGGCCAGAGUUCUCACUUUGGACAGACAGGCAGACAAGGCCAGAGUUAUCGCUAUGAUCAAACAGGCAGACAAGACCAGAGCUAUCGAUAUGACCAGACAGAAACUGGGGAAACUGAAAUACAAGGGCAAAAUAGGUACUUUCAAGGGAGAGAGGGAAUAAGAGACUCAUAUGUUGAGCAAUCAGGAAGGUCAGGGAGAUUAAGUCAACAGUCUCAAGGACAGGAAGUGAACCGAAACCAGAGGCAGGGAUUCCAGAACAGUCACCAGGCAUGGGAGGAAGACACCCAGCACCAACACAAAUUCCUAGCACAAAUCCAUCAAGAAAGAUCCCUCUGCCACAAAGGAAGAGACUGGUUAUCAUGUAGUGGUGAGCCAGGCAGCAGGCAGGCCCAGACCCCACAGGGCCACAGUGAGAGGACAGGCCACCAGACCAAACAGAGGCACGGUGGUCAGAGCCAUGGUGGUCAGGAAAGUCCAUGUGAGGCACAGGACAGGCAGACUUGGGAAGAUGAGCAAAACCAUCAGAAAAGGGACAGGCAAACCCAUGAAUACGAGCAGAACCAUCAGAAACAGGAUAGGCAGACUUGGGAAGAUGAGCAAAACCAUCAGAGACGAGACAGGAAAACACAUGAAUACGAGCAGAACCAUCAGAGACAGAAUAGGCAGACUUGGGAAGAUGAGCAAAACCAUCAAAAAAGGGACAGGCAAACCCAUGAAUAUGAGCAGAACCAUCAAAAACAGGACAGGCAAACCCAUGAAUAUGAGCAGAACCAUCAGAGACAGAACAGGCAGACUUGGGAAGAUGAGCAAAACCAUCAGAGACAAGACAGGCAAACCCAUGAAGAGGAUCAAAACUGUCAUCGACAACAAACCCAUGAGCAGGAAGAAAGACAUGCAAGGUCUCAGAACCAACAAUCCCGUGGUACCCAGCAAGGUUGUUCUAGCAGAGGGAAAUUCGACGUGAAUGAGGAUAGCCAAAGCCAAGGCUCACAGGGAAGACGUGCUGACCCAGCCUUCCACUCAACCCAGGGCAAUGUGAGGCCCCAAAGAAGAGAACAAGGUGGAGGUCAUUCUACAAAGGCAACUAUUUCUUCCAACCCCCUUUAUGACUACGUGCAAGAACAGAGAUCCCAUGAAUACUAG